AUGACAAAUAUUAUCCAUAUAAAUCAAUUAACGUCAUACGAAAAUGAUUGGAAAAUAAAGGUUUUGGUACUGAACAAAAGUGAAAUCAAGGAAUACAAAAAUGCAAAAGGACCUGGAAAGUUUCAAAAAAUAACUUUAUUGGAUGAUGAGGGAACAAAAAUACAAGCAAUAUUUUUCAAUGAUGUUGUUGAUAACUUAUGUGAUACAUUGAAUGCUGGAAAAACUUAUUUUAUUUCUGAUGCAAUCGUAAAAAAAGUGAAUCCAAAUUUUAAAAAUGUCAACAAAGAACAUGAACUAACUCUCAAUGCCAAUUCAAAAAUUGAAGAAGUUGAAGAUUGCUUAGAUGUAGAAAAAUCAAAGUAUAAUUUUACUAAGCUCAAUGAAUUGAAAUGGGAUGCUGACACAUGCAAAAGGAAUGAAUUAUUAGAUGAUAUUGGAAUACUUGUACAAGUUCAAAAUGCAUUCACCAUAACAACAAGAUUUAAUGUCAAAAAAAAUAAAAGAGAAAUAAAAAUAAUGGACAAAGAGUGUACUCCGAUAUUGCUGACAUUAUGGAAAAAUUAUGCAACAAAUGAAGGGAGCAAAUUGCUGGACAUUGUAUCACAAAAUCCUAUAAUUGCUUUUUCAGCAGUUUCUCAAGUAGAGUACCAAGGUGGCUCACUUGGUACAACAGGAUUUACAUCAAUUGAAAUAAAUCCAACGAUUCCAGAAGCAGAAGAUUUAAAGCAAUGGUUCAAAUCAAAAGAUGGACAAGAGAAAAAAAUACUCAACAUGUCAAAAGAAGAGAAAUUCAAAAAAUAUGAACAUGUUGUAAUGAAAGAUUUAACGGAAAGGCAAUACAAAACUAUCCUGGUAAGUGAAUAUAAUUCUUUAAUUUAUUUAAAUUAAAAAAAUAUAUAAUUUCAAUAUAAUUUGUACACAUCUAAUCUCUACAAAU